UCUGAUUGACUACAGCAUACCAUGUCCUCCAGUACUUCGCGACUGGGGUGAGACUUAUUUUAAACGGGCACAACAAGGUAAAUAAGCUUCACGAAGUGCUCUAAAUUCCUUGGUAGGUAAUGGCUUCAAGCUGCCCACCGGAGUCUUUCAAAGAUCACAUGCUGGAAGAAGAGGAAUUUCAACAAAUUUUGAAUCGAAUAGGCGGUAAAGGAAAGAUAUGUCUGGUAGUUGAUACAUGCAAGAAGGACGACAAUGACGCAAGCGGUAGGACUACACUGCAGGAGUUUAUUGUUGACAUGUUUCAAAAUGGACUCACAGACAUUAGUGAGCCUGUAACCGACAACAGUAAAGCAGGUUAUGGUGGUAAUGAUGUGAUGGACUCUCUGAAUUGCAUCACCAAGACCGGAGAUCAAAUACAGUCUUUUGAACAGGACAGGACACCACGGCACGUGGAAGGCAAGUGCUUAGAAUUAAGUCCUAUCCAAGAUGGGAAGGGCAAGGGACGAGGGCGAUCAAAGGAGGAAGUUAAUAGGACUAUACGAUCAAGUAUGAAUGUUGGUGGAAAAGAACGAGCGAUUGACAGUGCUCUCGUAAUAUUUAUAUUCAAGCAUGAGUAUGUCAGUUGCAAACGGAACCAUGUGUGUGUGAAGGAAAUCCUGAAGGACGUCAGAGCACGAAUAAAACGAACAGGUGCCCGCCCAGCACUACUAGGAUUAAUUCAUUCAGACGCUGAGAACACUGAGACGGGAGAAUCGGUGGGGAUUUUAGAGCAUUUUCUUCGGUCGGUAUUUCAAAUGCAACCCCCAGAGUCGAUAUGGGUCGGUCUUUAUAUUCCACGAAUCGCAGACAGAAUGCUGACAAUCAAGAGAGAAACCUGCAAAGUCGUGAAUUUCUCCCUAUCCACAGUUAACAUCAAGAACAAAAAAGGCCCGUUUUCCUGUUCUCUGCAGUGUUUACCAGGGCUUCUCAGAAGACAACUGGGAAAUGAAUCCAACGCCACUGCAAACAACUUUCAAAGCGGUAACUCAGACAGUGUGGAAGAAGGAAUCCCUCUAAAGACAAAGUCCCUGCCACUGUGACUCUGGACUGGGACAGUUAAUGGG